AUGCGCUUCGAAAAUUUGGCCAACGAACUUUUAUUGGACUUAUUUGAAUAUAUUGAUGUUAUUCAUCUUUUUCAUGCUUUUCAUAAUCUUAAUGCUCGUUUCGAUGAACUUCUUGUCACUAGGUUGCAUGCCUUCGAUCUCGAUUUUCGAUCCAUAUCCAAAUAUAAUUUUGACAAUUUUUGUCAACAAUAUCUACCAAAUAUUACGCAAAAAAUCAAAUCACUUCAUCUAUCUGACAAUGAAGAAACGCCGAAUCUAUCAAAAUUAUUUCUUUCAUAUGGUUUUACUAUCAAUCAAUUCUUUAAUUUAAAAUCUUUUUCUUUGUACAAUAUUCAAUCAUUCGAAAUAUUCAAUCAAUUAAUAAUACAAUGCAUUCGACUUCCUUAUCUAACACAUCUACAUAUGAUAAAAUGCUUUUUUAAUUAUCGUGAUAAUGAAAUACAAUAUUUGAUGAAUAAUAUUUGGCGUCUUCCAAAAUUGACUCAUUGCAUUCUCGAUCAAGUUACAUCGAGAAAAAUGCGAUUGUUUGAUAUUAGCAUUAUUUCGACUUCGAUUAAAUGUUUGACUUUCAAAAAUAUUACAUGUGAUUUUAGAGAUCUCUCUCAUAUAUUCGAAUAUACAUCAUGUCUCGAACAACUUUCUAUCAAUUUAAUAUAUGGUUUUCCCAAUCAACAAUUACAAUCUCCUAUCUAUUCGAUUAUUUCUCUAAAAAUUUUAUAUCACGGUUGUAUAGAAGUUUUAAUCAAUCUCUUUCAAAAUCUACCAAAUUUAAUUCAUUUAACAUUAGAAACAUUUGACAUGUACUGCGAUGGAUACGAAUGGGAAAAAAUUCUCGUAAGUUAUUUACCGACAAUUGAACAUUUCAAAUUAAAAAUGAAUCUAAAUUUUCCCUAUAAUAACAAUUUAAAUCAACAAGCCGAAGAAUUACUCAAUACAUUUCGAACUUCUUUUUGGCUUGUAGAACAUCAAUGGUUUGUUCGAUGUGAUUGGGAUCCAUUUAAUAUAUUUUAUAAUGGUAUGCUCUAUACAUUACCCUAUAAUUUUGGCGAUUGCUUUUAUUUUGAUGCCGUCUCAUCUAAAUCGACUUGUCCUGUGGAUACAGAGUACUGGUCAUACGAUCAUGUAACAACAUUGUCACAUAAAAAUCCAGAAAACGAUUCAUCGAAAGAUUCAAUUAUUUUUUCUGCUCGUUUCUCAAAGAUACGCCAUUUGAAAAUUAGUUUUCCAUUCAAUGAAAAAUUUUGGUCAUGUAUUUCAGCACUGAAUAGAUUACAAUCAAUUAAUAUAACACUUCUAUCGACUGAUUUUGGUUAUUCUCAAUUACAAGACUUUCUAAAUCAAACAUUACAUCUGUACUCCGUAAAAUUAUCUCAUUUAAAAAAUCUAUCAAUGCAAUUUUUUACCGUGACAAGUCCAUCGAUUCGUAAACUUAAUUUAAUUGCAAAAUCUAAAUCAUCCAUUAGAUAUUUUACUAGAAAUGAAUGUUCAGUACUAGUUCAUACGUCGCUUAUACUUCAAUGUGAAGUGCUUUUAAUUGGUAUUAAAGAACGAUCAGACAUUAUUGAACUUAUGAAUGCAAUACCGAAUCUUCGAACAUUUGUAUGUCAUUGUAACGAUGAUGAAUACAAUGUUUGGAGUUCAUCAUCGACAAAUGAUGAAUUUAUCGAAUGGUUACAAAGUCGUUUGCCAUCUAAAUAUUUGAUUAGUCGAGAUGAGAAACAUCCAUAUCUGCUUCGAUUUUGGAUUUAUAGAAAAUAG